GGCUGGAGGCCGGUACCAGCGGGCAGGAGGCGCCCGAGGAUGUGUUGCUGGCCGCUGCUCCUGCUGUGGGGGUUGCUCCCCCGGGUGGCGGCGGGGGUCUCGGGCCGGACCUACCCGCACCGGACCCUCCUGGACUCGGAGGGCAAGUACUGGCUGGACUGGAGCCAGAGGGGCAGCCAGAUCGCCUUCCGCCUCCAGGUGCGCACUGCAGGCUACGUGGGCUUCGGUUUCUCGCCCACCGGGGCCAUGGCGUCCGCCGACAUCGUCGUGGGCGGGGUGGCCCACGGGCGGCCCUACCUCCAGGAUUAUUUUACAAAUGCAAAUAGAGAGUUGAAAAAAGAUACUCAGCAAGAUUACCGUCUAGAAUAUGCCAUGGAAAAUAGCACACACACAAUAAUUGAAUUUACCAGAGAGCUGCAUACAUGUGACAUAAAUGACAAGAGUAUAACGGAUAGCACUGUGAGAGUGAUCUGGGCCUACCACCAUGAAGAUGCAGGAGAAGCUGGUCCCAAGUACCAUGACUCCAAUAGGGGCACCAAGAGUUUGCGGUUAUUGAAUCCUGAGAAAACCAGUGUGCUGUCUGCAGCCUUACAGUACUUUGAUCUGGUAAAUCAGGACGUCCCCAUCCCAAACAAAGAUACAACAUAUUGGUGCCAAAUGUUUAAGAUUCCUGUGUUCCAAGAAAAGCAUCAUGUAAUAAAGGUUGAGCCAGUGAUACAGAGAGGCCACGAGAGUCUGGUGCACCACAUCCUGCUCUAUCAGUGCAGCAGCAACUUUAACGACAGUGUUCUGGAGUCCGGCCACGAGUGCUAUCACCCCAACAUGCCCGAUGCAUUCCUCACCUGUGAAACCGUGAUUUUUGCCUGGGCUAUUGGUGGAGAGGGUUUUUCUUAUCCACCUCAUGUUGGAUUAUCCCUCGGCACUCCAUUAGAUCCGCAUUAUGUGCUCCUAGAAGUCCAUUAUGACAAUCCGACUUAUGAGGAAGGCUUAAUAGAUAAUUCUGGACUGAGGUUAUUUUAUACCAUGGAUAUAAGGAAAUAUGAUGCUGGGGUAAUUGAGGCUGGCCUCUGGGUGAGCCUCUUCCAUACCAUCCCUCCAGGGAUGCCUGAGUUCCAGUCUGAGGGUCACUGUACUCUGGAGUGCCUAGAAGAGGCUCUGGAAGCCGAAAAGCCAAGUGGAAUUCAUGUGUUUGCUGUUCUUCUCCAUGCUCACCUGGCUGGCAGAGGCAUCAGGCUGCGUCAUUUUCGAAAAGGGAAGGAAAUGAAAUUACUUGCCUAUGAUGAUGAUUUUGACUUCAAUUUCCAGGAGUUUCAGUAUCUAAAGGAAGAGCAAACAAUCUUACCAGGAGAUAACCUAAUUACUGAAUGUCGCUACAACACGAAAGAUAGAGCUGAGAUGACUUGGGGAGGACUAAGCACCAGGAGUGAAAUGUGUCUCUCAUACCUUCUUUAUUACCCAAGAAUCAAUCUUACUCGAUGUGCAAGUAUUCCAGACAUUAUGGAACAACUUCAGUUCAUUGGUGUUAAGGAGAUCUACAGACCAGUCACGACCUGGCCUUUCAUUAUCAAAAGCCCCAAGCAAUAUAAAAACCUUUCUUUCAUGGAUGCUAUGAAUAAGUUUAAAUGGACUAAAAAGGAAGGUCUCUCCUUCAACAAGCUGGUCCUCAGCCUGCCAGUGAAUGUGAGAUGUUCCAAGACAGACAAUGCCGAGUGGUCGAUUCAAGGAAUGACAGCAUUACCUCCAGAUAUAGAAAGACCCUAUAAAGCAGAGCCUUUGGUGUGUGGCACGUCUUCUUCCUCUUCCCUGCACAGAGAUUUCUCCAUCAACUUGCUUGUGUGCCUUCUGCUACUCAGCUGCACGCUGACCACCAACCGCUUGUGAUCAAAAUUCUGCUGAACUUGACAAUAUUUUCUAUGAUCUGAACCUGUCAUUUGAAGUACAGGUUAAAGACUGUGCCCACUUUGGGCAUGAAGAGUGUGGAGACUUUUCUUCCCCCUUUUCCCUCCUUCCUUUUUCCUUUCCAUGUUACACGAGAGGCAUCAAUCAGGUUCUCUUAUCUUUCAUAGAAAUAUCUGAUGUUACAUAUGCAUGGUCAAUAAAAUAAAACUGGCCUGACUUAAGAUAACCAUUUUUAAAAAUUGGGCCAUCAUGUGGGAAUGUUCUUUAUUUCCUAUUACAUUCUGUUUUAUUUAAAUACUUAUUGUUGCUAUUUCACUUUUUGACUUGACUUUUGU